UUUUUAAUAUUUAGUUUCCUGUAAGCAUCGGCGCAUUUUUCAGCGCAAUUAUCUUAUAAAACUAAAAUGCGAUUGCGUAAUACUUUUUCCUUAAACGAGAUCGAGGCUGAUUAAAGCGAAACCAUCAUGGCCGCGUGGCCCAUUAAAUUUACAGCUGGAGGGAAACCACUUAAAAAACAUAAACUAACAGAUGAAGACAAGUUUAAAUUAGCUGCAAUAAUGUAGCCCUCUCUGAUUCUUUUUUCGUUUUUUUUGUUUUUGUUUUUUUUUUAGGGAGAGGGCUACAACUCCUUAGGAUCUCCGUUAUGGUGCAAAUGCGGGAGUGAUUCACUCCCGCAAUAUUUGCGCUCAUUCUAAACAUUUCCUGACUUUCUUUACGUAAAUAAAAUGAUAUUCUAUGUUUCUUAGUCAAUAUAUAAAUUUACAACCUGCAACUUAAGAUUAGUGAGGCUCUAUUCUUCCGUUUUCAACAAUUUCGAUAAAUUCCAAUUUCUCCAUUCAUAUUCGUGCGCCAUGUUUGAUGUACUGAAGUUUCAACUUCCGAUUGUCAAGUCAUUUGCAUAUGCCAUAUAAGGUAGUAUUUACAUCAAUGGACAAGUAUGGAGGCGAAAGCUAUUUCGUCGGUAUUGAAAAGAGACUGUAAGACAGAGCACCCCGUAAUGAAUAGAAUGGUCAGUAAAGGAAGUCAAACAGCUGCCAUGAUAGGCCAUGUUCUUCAUUUGUUUCUGUGUAAGAUUCCAAUUACUUCAGCAUGUGAUGGAUUGGAAGAAUCCACAUCUUUAGUUUGUUGUGCCGAUUAUCAUCUCAAAGAUGGCGCUUGUGUCGAUUGUCCAGUUGGAUACUUUGGACCAGACUGUAGGCACACUUGUGGAUAUCCUUGGUACGGGAGACGAUGCCUGAGCAAAUGUGACUGUCCUAAAGACUGGUGUAACCCAGCCUCCGGAUGCAAAGACCCAGUCACCUCUGGUCAGAGUAGUAGUCCAAGUCCAGCAUCUCAAUCCAGAGUACUGACAUCAAAUACAACGCUACCAACCACAACGACGGAAUCUUUUAUCAACUCCACUGUGAAAAUGAAGAAGCAACAAACUAAAAUGUACAAUGAUUGGAAUGACACCACCACCACAAAACAUUUAACGACAGGCACGGAAAUUGAAGCUAAAAUCGUGAAUGGUGCUCAGAUGACUGAUAAUGUGAAUAUUAUUGUCAUAUCCGGGAUCGGUAGUCUUGUAAUAUUGUUACUUAUUGUUGUCAUCGUUGUGCAGAUCAGAUGGAAAAGAAAGCAAAAGGUCACCAAACGAGAGAGUGUUGUACUGCAUGCCAGAGACCAUGUCGAUACUUACUGCGAAAUCGACGACAUCAUGGUUCCCUCAACACCAGAAGAUAACAGAAAGAGCAAUGCUGGAAAGUAUGAAUCAAUUAGCCAGUCAGUAAAGGAGAGGACAAAAUAUACGACUCUUCCAACCAAACACAAACACAUGGCUGACAGAAACAAUUAUGCUACCCCAGUAUCUCUCGCCAAAGAAACAACAGAGAGUGUCGAGAAAGUACAUCCCCAGUGCGUCAAUAUGGAGCAAGACAAUCUGGAAUCACAAGUGCUACUAAGAAAGGCCAGCACAAAUCGAAAUCUCAAUAUUUCGGUUAUGCCAGAUGCUCCUGCGGCGUCUAAAAUUACCAGCGGUUACAUUGACAUGAACAAAGGUGAAAAGCUAGAUGAAUAUGUAGCCAUGGAAGGUCAACCCCAAGUGUUGAAAAACUCCGGUCUCCAAAAAGGUGACAAUGCAUAUCUUAUGAAUGACACAUAUACUUGAAAAAAAAAGUGCAGGAUAUACUUUAGGUUUGCCAUUUUAUUGAUAUCGAUAUUAUUUUGUGUAAAGUCCAUUAUUCUGAGUUUAAAAUCAUGAUACUAAGAACAAAUUGUUUGAAAAUCUUUAAUUUUUCUCACAUUAUGUUUUUAUCCGCAUUGUAUCUUCAUUCUGUACUAAAUUCUGAGUGUAGUAGUCAUCUUCCAUUUCUGAUCAAUGAUAGUGUAUUUGAUGAGAAUCGACAAAAAUAGAUGAAAUUUGUACUGUGCAUCUGAUAGUAGAAAUAUUGAUAGGGUAAUGAUAAAAGUAACUUCUGUUUACUUGAGAAUGAAAUUAGAUAUUGAAUGACUAAUAUUCUCACCAUAGAAACUUUCAGAAAGGAUUUGUUGGUAACACCUGGAAUAAUAACUUUUAAAUUCAUACAUCAUACUUUCAUUGGAUCAAUGCUGUCUGACGUGUUUCAUACCGUUUGACACACUGAUUUUGACUAUGGAUAACACCGUUUACCUGAUAAAGACAAUAGAGCUCACGGCGGGUGUGGCUGCUCGACAGGGAAUGCUUGCUCCUCCUGGGCACCUGACCCCGCCUCUGGUGUGUCUGGGGGUCAGUGUUUGCCCAGCUCUUUAGUUUGUAUAUCUUGUGGGAAUUCAGACAUUGGUCACUGUUCGUUAUCUUUGCCGUUCGUUUAUCUGUUAUAUACAUGGUAUAAAUAUUCAUUUAAAUAAAAAUGUUCACAUUG